UAACAUGUGGGCAUGUGGCCGGUAUCCAAACGAGAUUUCUCGUCGACGCAUCGGUUAGUAAUGGUCACGCGCAUGAUAUAAUACACGCAAACAGUCUAUGUUUUCGUCUCAAAUUCUCGAUGGUCGGCGCAGCCUUGAUCGUCUACGCGAAACCGGUGCGAUAGGUCGUCAUCGUCGUCGUAUAUUAUUCAAAAAUAUAUUACACGAGCCACCUGCAGCAGUAAUCGUAUCGCAGACGAUCGGUGCGUGACGUCGGAACACAACACGGAAAAACGCGUAUUUCAACGUGUUAAUUGUAUAAACACGGUAUUUGUUAUACCUACUGAACGCUGCACGGGCCGAACGCGGGUCUUCCGCGAUGGAGCACAGUCAACUUUCGUCCGGUUCGUCCAGACAGAUCGCCGCGUGCAUUGUCGCGUCAUUGCCCGUGUUCAUGGCAGGCAUCGUACUCGGAUGGCCUUCGCCGGUCAUGGAAUACAUGUCAGCUGGACGAGCACCCGUGUCACUGACGUCGGCACAGAUGUCAUGGAUGGUAGCCUGCAUCGACAUCGGCAAUUUCGCCAUGGCUGUGCCUGCGGGAUGGCUAAUGGACCAGAUCGGGCGUAAGUACGCUGUAACCGCAUCCGCACCAAUCAUGUUCGUCGGAUGGAUGUUCAUAUUGUUUGGUCGACAAGUAUGGUGCCUGUUCGUGGCUAGGCUUCUCCACGGCGCCGCCGUUGGGAUCGCAUGGGUGGUGGCACCGGCGUACGUCGGCGAGAUGGCCAGCAUUGGAAUACGUGGCAAGCUCAGCUUGUUAGUUCAGCUCAGCUACGCAUUGGGUUUGUUGUUCUCAUACUUUGCAGGUUGGCUGCUUGGUGAUUACAUCACACUGACUAUCGUAUCUGCAUGUGUGUCGGUCAUGUCCGGCGUGCUGUUUCUGUUCUUGCCCGAGUCACCGUACUAUUUGAUGCUGGACGGUCGAGCGGACGACGCGGCCAAAUGCCUCUGGUCUCUGCGGAGUUACACGGAUGACGAUUUACAGACCGAAUUGUUGUCCGUCAAAGAUUCCAUUUCGAACGAUAGGAAUAAAGGAAGCGUCGGUGACCUGUUAAACAGAGACCGUCGGCCGCUGGUGAUCGUCAUAGUGUUGGCCGUACUGCAAAUGGCCUGUGGGGCUGGCGUGUUGGAAGCGUACGCGGCGUCCAUCAUGUCGAACACCCGGAUAUCGACAAACGCGUUAGCUGUCUACCUGGGCCUAGUCGUGCUCGUGGCCGCUGUGCCUUUCGCGCUGGUUGUGGACCGGUGCGGUCGGCGGCCGCUGAUGAUCGUCUCGUGCUUCGGCACGGCUGCCUGUCACGCGAGUGUGGCUACCGUCCUCUGGUGUCGGGACGUCGUCGGCCACAGCUGGCUGCCGCUGUUCGGGUCAAUAGCCGGCGCACAGUUCUUCAUCAACGUCGGCCUCAUGCCUCUGCUGUCCGUCGUCCAGUGCGAGUACUUCCCAUCGGACACCCGGGCCCUAGCCGACACGGCCGUCGUGAUGGCUGUCACGAUCACGUCCACAGUCAUGAUUACGACCUACCAGCCGUUGGCCGAUGCUCUCGGCGUAUCCGCCAACUUCAUCGUCUACUCAGUCGCUUCUCUGGCUGGCGGCCUGUUCUGCUGUCUAUUCAUGCCCGAGACCAAGCGCAAAUCGUUCGCCGAAAUACAAGUAGACUUUCACAAGACCGAACAGCUCGCCGACAGCGGAGUCCAGAAACUUUGCGAUUACCAGGAGAUCUGAGUCGCUCGCCUAUCGUUUUGCGACUACUGCACAACAGGGUGUUCGGUGACAUUAGCACGAGACACAUUAAUUAAACGUGUCAAAUCUCUUGGUGGUACACUAGCUGGUACACUUGUUCAAUAAAUUAUAAAUGAACGAAUUAUGCGUCAUUCGACGUAACCGAAUCGUAUGUUUCAACGGAAAAACAUCGUAAGACAUCGCCGUUGACCGUUAGAUCUUGUAGAAUUGUACAUUGACAUAUUUAAGUUAUAUUUAUUAAGACGCCGAUGUGUAUAUAUUUAUCAACAUAAUUUUUAAGGUUUUGUGUUUGGAUGACAAAUGACAAUGGUACUUUUGAUUUCGUGGUAGGUAUUAUGCGUAUUAGUACAUAUAUAAUAUAGAUUUAUUAUAUACCUUAUCCCAGGGGUCACCAAUUAAUAUUUUUGAAAUUCCACGUUAGGAAUAAGUACAUAUUUACAUUAUUUAAAAUCAAUAAUAAUUUAUAAUCAUAACAUAUAAUUUCGUCGUAAUAUGUGUUAUUUAUUCUUUGUCUGCGGGCCGGAUAAAAUGUGUUCGCGGCCGCCGUUUGGUGACCCAUGCCUUAUCCUAAUCUAACUUUAUAUCGCGUAUUAGUACCGUAAAUGAGUUUAAUGUUACUCUUGAUUUUAAAUUUUUAAACAUGAUCAUAAGUUGAAUAUUAUUCACUAUGACUUAAUACUUUAGACUAUCAAUAUUUAACAAUAAUAAACAACUGUCAAUUUUAAUAAAAAAAAAUAUAUCCGCGUUCACAAUUACAAUAAAAUAUUAAAAUCUGAAUAUCAACAAUUACGACAAUUUAGUAUUAAAGAUAUUUUAAAUAAUAACAAAUAUUAAAUAGGCGAGUAUUUUAAGUUACAAAUAUAACUUACCUGUAGUUUACAUCUAUAUGUUUGUAUAUAAUUUAUAUUAAAUUUUAUAUACAUACGAAAAUAUUAUUGAUAAGACUAUUUUAAAAUAAUUUAAUUUAUUAUCCAAGAAUAUUGUAAAAUAUGCAAAAUAGUAUUAAUUUUGUUAAAUAACAUUUUUUUUAAAUUAUUAUCAUGGAAAAAAUGAAAUUAUUUUAUACAAAGUAGGUACAAAGAGAAUAAAAUAUGAAUAUUGCGAAUAAUAUUAUAUAAUAAUAUUGCACUUGUACAUUAUUAUAAUGAUAGUUUAUUCAUUUUCCAUCUAAACAAGUACAACAUUGUUAAAUAAAAAGUAUUUUUGUACUUAGAAAUCAAUUCUAAAUGUUUCUAAAGUCCAAAAGUGUAAUAUCCUAACGAAUAUCUUAAAAUUCGUUUAGAUAUUAAAGUACCAUAAAAUAUAAUCGAAAAUGUCUGUUAUGCUAGUUUAAAAACAAAUUAUUGUUCAUGAUAGGUAAUAUUUAAUUACAUUAUUUUAAGUAAAAAACAACAGUAUCAUAUUUUAAAUUCCAUUGUGUGCGAAAGUAAAAGAGUUACUUCUUUUGUAUAAUUACGAUAAAAUUAAAAUUUUAUUUUUUUAUUUUUAAAUGUAGUUUUAUGUGACUAUUAUGUAUAUUUGAAUUUUUUUACGCUAAUGUAACUAGGUAAUAUGUUUUUUUUUAUAUAAAUAUUUAUAUAUUUACCUGUCAUAAACAUAGACGUGCGCACAGGGGCAAUAGAGGCCGCAUAUGCUGUUUCUGAACUUUUUUUUUCUGGUUUACAGCGAUCGUUAAAAUAUUUAAUUAUGGGCCUCGGUAAGUUUUAUCUCCAUAAAGUUAUAUUUACACAAAUCAUGUACAAUAUAGUAAUUAACAAUUAUUGAUUAUAAAAUCACAGCUGUAAAAAUAUUAAUUCAAUAAUAUAUUUAUCGGGAACUGUAUUUUUAAAUUGUAAUUAUUAUCACAGAAUAUAAAAAUGCAUUAUCAUAAUAUUAAUAA